AUGGAGACGGACCCGCCCAACGAGCGGCCGCUCGUGCCCGAGAAGGAGGGGAACUACAGCCGGGAGAACCUCGCGCGCUGCUUCAUCUUCCCGGCGCUCGGCGGCUUCCUCUACGGCUACGACAUCGGCGCGACGGCCGUGGCCCUCGACGACAUGGGCAGCGAGCAGUGGAGCGGCACGAGCUGGCACGCGGCGGCGGCGAACAGCGUCGUCCGCGGCGUCAUCGUCUCGGCGGUCAUGGUCGGCGCGGCGCUGGGGUCGCUGCUCGUGCUCCGCUACGAGACGGACUGGGGCCGCGUCAAGGAGAUGCGCCUCGCGUCGGCGCUCUACGGCGCCGGCGCGCUCGUCGAGGGCCUCUCCGGCUCGCCGGGCCUCUCCGCGCCGCUCGGCCUGACCGUGCUCCUCUUCGGCCGCGUCGUCUACGGCGUGGGCAUCGGCCUGGCCAUGCACGGCGCGCCGACCUACAUCGCGGAGACGGCGCCGCCGUCGAUCCGCGGCGCGCUCGUGAGCGCCAAGGAGGCGAUCAUCGUCCUCGGCCUCACGGUCGGCUACGCCGUCGGCGCGGCGCUCAUGCACGGCGUCGGCCGCUGGCGCUACAUCUACUGGGUCGCCAUGGUCUUCGCGGCGGCCAUGGCCUACGGGCUCAGCGGCGUCCCCCGGAGCCCGCGCUGGUGCCUGCUGCGCGGCUACGCGGACGAGGCGCGCGCGGCGUACGAGUUCGUGACGCCGGUGCCCGCGCCGGGCGCGUUCGAGCGCCUCGCGGGCCACGUGCGGGCGCUCAAGGCCGACGAGGUCGGCCCCCAGUCCAUCCCCGAGAUCGUGGAGAACCUGACGUCGACGCCCGCGAGCGCCUACGGCCUCCGCGCGGGUUUGGGGCUCGUCGUGCUCCAGCAGGUCACGGGGCAGCCGUCCGUGCUCUACUACGUCACGGAGAUCUUCGAGGACUACGACCUGGGCGUGGGCGCGUCCAUCGGCCUCAGCGCCUGGAAGCUCGUCGCGACCAUGCUCACGGUGCGCCUCAUCGACUCCUACGGCCGCGUGCCGCUGCUCCAGCGCGGGUCCGCGAUCAUGAUCGCGUCCAUGGGGUCGCUCGCCGUCGCGGCGCUCUUCCUCGACAUGGCGAGCGGCGCCCUCGCCUGGACGUCCAUCGUCACGCUCUCCCUCUACGUCGGCGGCUACCAGGUCGGCUACGGGCCCGUGACCUGGACCUACAUCAGCGAGGUCUUCCCCCUGCAGCCCCGCGGCUCCGCGCUCGCGCUCGCGGUGCUCCUCAACUUCUCGCUCAACGGCGUCGUCACCCUCCUCGCCUCGCCCCUCAUCGCCUUCUCCGUGUCCUUCACCUUCUUCGUCUUCGGCGCCCUCGCGGUCUACGGCACGUACUUCAUCCACGCCUACGUGCCCGAGACCAAGGGCCUCGAGCUCGAGCAGAUCACGACCAUGCUCACCCAGCUCGCCGCCGAGGAGGACCUCGCCGCGCCGCCGGCCGCGACGGCCGGCGCCGUCUAG